AUGCACUUGGGCAGGCGCAGAUCCAACCUGCUGGGUGGCUCUGGAGCUCUUCAUCCCUGCUGCCUCACGUCGCUGUCUCUCGGAGCCGUUAGAGGAGAAAUGGCUGCAGCUCUGUCCCGUGCCCUCAAACUACCCGGGAAGAAGGGCUCUGAGCUCGGGGAGUACGACCCUCUCACCCAAGCAGACAGCGAGGACGAGAGUGAAGAGGACGACCUCGUGCUCAACUACCCCAGGAAUGGCCUCGGCAGGGACGGCUGCCUGGGCUCGGGCUCCUCCAAGCUGCGGGGCGGCAGAUCGGGGAGACUCGUGGGGGCAGAAGAUGAGGGACAGGAGGACGAGGAGGAAGAGGAGGAUGAAUGGAGAGAACGGCUCCCCAGCAAAUCCAGGCAGGACAGAGACGACAUGAAGGGCAUGCAGUACUGGAGGGACUCGGGCAGGGACCGGGCCGGGGAGGACAGAGGGGGGCCGGGGUCAUUGGGGGGGUCUGGGCUGGGGGUUCAUAGUGCUGAUGCGGAAGAAAAGAGGCUGAGGAUGAAGAAUGCUGUCCGGAGUGCGUUUUUCGUGGUGCCCCUGGUGUGUGCUGCGCUGCUCGUGCUGUUGUGUGCAUUUUUGAUCCCGUGCCAGAAGGGAGAACUGGAAAAGAGGCCGCAGUGGGAGAGAGCACUGGGAGAAUCAGGAGGUGUCACUCCACCUGCGCUGGCACUGUGGGAUGUUGACGGAGAUUCAGUGGAGGAUGUGUUUCUGGGUGUUACUGAAUUGACCAAUGAGACCCAUCCGUCACAAGGGAACAAAAUUUACAGUGCGGUGGCCUUGUCUGCAGUCAGCGGCCAGGUGCUGUGGAGGAAAGUCAUGCAUGAGUCUGUGAUGUGCAUCCAGUGCGGUCUGCAGUUCAGCACCCAGCCCCAGUCACCUGUGGUCCUCCUCAUCGGCAAAUCUAUCCUCAUGGCAGUCAACGGCACCACAGGGAAAACCUUGUGGUCGGUCCUGCUUAAAAGCAUUGAAUCCCAGGCGGUGUUACUUCCAGACCUCCAGGGCGACUCAGUCCCAGAUCUGCUGAUUGCCACCCUGCCUGUAGACAAGGCUUUGGAUCUCUCCCUGACGCUGAUCUCUGGGCUGACGGGGGCCAAGCUUGGACACCCCGUGCCUUUCAACCUCACUGGACAAGGAAAGCUCAUCGGUCCUUUGCUGCAUGAGACACAACAAGGGGCAUACUACAUCCUCUUUGGACUAGGUAACGUUGGGGCCAUCUCUCUCCGUGAUAUCUACAUUCGCGCCACUGGCAAACAACCCAUAACUCAGGCCCUGAGGAGGAAGGAUCCAGGGUGGGAGGGACUCAAGAAAACAAAUUCCUCCUCGUUCAUACAAAUUUUCAGCUUCACCAGAGGAUCUGAGCGUGUGGAGUUCCUGCUCCCUCUUGUGGCCAGUUUUGGCAACAACCACAACAGCCUGGACACUGUUUCUAACCUCAACGCCACCAAAAGUGACUGGGUGCUGGUGUACGGCUCCAGCAAAAGCAAACUGUCAGUACUCAGACAGAAGGAUAUACGUAAGGAAUGGACCUUCAACUCUGCUCCCAUUCACAACCAACCAGCCCCAGGACACUUCAACGAUGAUGGAGUCCUUGAUCUUUUCAUCCAGCAUACAGCAAACGGCACCAUGAAGGCGCAGGUUGUUGACGGGGCAAAUGGUCAUCAUCUCUGGUCAGCAGAGUUUGUGUGUCCUCGGCUUGUUAUAGAAACUUCAGCAAUCUCCACCUCAACUGGCCAAUCAGCUUUCCUCUUCUGGGCCGGAGAUCCAAUCAUUAAAGCUCAGAAGAAUGUUACCAAGACAACUGUGGCGCCAGGUGUUGCUGCAGCCGAGCCGCUCAUCAGAAAACUCUUCCUGUUGCACCCUGCAUAUCCCACAGUCCUGCUGGAGCUCACGAGUACCACGGACACCGCAGUCACCUCCGCAGUGAGUUAUGAGGAGCGUCAGAAAGACGCCUCCUACAUCACCGUUUCCUCCAGACCCACGCCCGGCUCAGAGCCCAGCGCUCGGAUAGUGAAGAGCAUGAGCCUCAGGGCUGCCAUCACCAAAGGACAAAUAGUCAGACUAGAGGAGAGCAGCAAGCCAGGAGGACCUGUUAAACCUGGAGUGUUUGAGGUCAACAAGUUCUUCAGGGCUUUGUCUUUUAAACACCAGUGAUGAGGCGCCGCCGCUGCUUCCAUGCCCUGCAUCACAGGAACUCAAAGGUACAGCGUAAAGGACUCGUGUAAGGAUGAAAGGGACAAAAGUUUGUGGACGCCUCUGCACUACGGAGACAUUGUAAAUUAAUUUGAAGCUGUAUAUACAUCGUUUGGUUCAAUAAGUAUGAAUUUCUGUUACUUGAGAUUUCUUUUCUGUAAAAAAGAUGCUUUGUAGGUAGGUUUUGUUUGUAUUAUUUUGGUUAUAUAAUAUGUUUGUAUGAUGAAAAUGCCUAUUUAAAUUAUUUAACUUGCAUUUUUUGGGAAGUCAUCACUAUUUAAUUGAAUGUUUACGAUUGUUUUGAAUUGAUGGCAAGAAAAGUACCUUUAUAUUGUAGUUUAUUACUGACAGCGAAGCACAAUAAUCCUGAUGAAAGAACAUGUAAACAUGUUUACAGUAUGCAGCACUCAUAUAACUCUUCCACGGCCAGUAUUUUCAUGCAGUGCCAUCCCAGUUACAUGCAUUUUGUUGUCAUGAAGCCACUAACAAUGUUGUUUCUGCUCAUCACUAAGUUAGUAGGAUAGGGAGUCUGUAAAUAUUUAAUGCUGUACAGUAUUUAUUGCUUUAACAUUUAGAUUUUUUUCUUAUUUGUUGAUUUAUGUUGUCAGAUUUUUAUGGUUAUAUAAUCAACCUUUUUUCUCAGAAUAUGUGGCUGCUAAAGGUUAUGGCAUAUAAAUGUAAGCUGCAACUUCACAUAUCGCAAGAGAAAAUAUGAAAUUCUGAUUGCAUCAUGUGUGCUUUAUUUUACUCUUUCAAGUUUUUGUAUUCAUUGAAAUUGCAUCAAACAUUGCCAACAUGGCAUGUUGGUCAUGUGGCCAGGCUACUCCUCCCUGCUGGACAACCAUAUCCACUUCCUGUGGUCAACUUUCUGCCCAGAAACUUAAAUUAGAAAUGUAUUUAUUACAGAUUUUGUUCAUGUUAUCCAAAAGCAAACGUGUUUUCUUCAAAACAUAAUUGACAAAGCUUUUUGUUGUAUGGGAACAUCAUUUUCA